AAGAAGUGCAUAAUAGGCCCACACCUUCUAAUUUCUAAGUCCGUCCUGACUCCUAUAUCCAAUAUAUGCAUUGGGCUAUUAACCACACCCAGUACAUGUCGCACACUGAAAGGCCAGUAAGGUCAAGAAUGAUUGCGGCCCAAAAAGCCCAUCUUCUUACUACCGAUUUCGUUCGAUAAACAGAACACUUGUCGUUUUUCUUCCGAUCUCAACGAGAGUAGAGAGAGAUUGGAAAGGGUAGAAAGUUUGGAACACGACGAUGGUGACGUAUUCGAGCUCAUGGUCGCAAGCUCUGGUUCGGAUAUCUCCUUACACCUUCUCCGCCAUCGGAAUCGCCAUAUCCAUCGGCGUCUCUGUCCUCGGCGCCGCCUGGGGAAUAUAUAUAACCGGGAGUAGUUUAAUUGGUGCUGCUAUCAAAGCUCCUCGCAUCACUUCAAAAAAUCUGAUCAGUUUCAGGCAGAUGAUUAGUGAAACCUUUCUGGAUUUUAUCAUCGUCUUAGAAAUAAUAGCUUUUCUUCGUGUACUAGUGAAAUUUUACAUGCAGCUGGUAGUAGUGGUUCACAGUGACUUAUCUGCUUACCCUUUCCUCAGUGUGAUAUUCUGUGAAGCUGUUGCAAUAUAUGGAGUCAUUGUGGCCAUCAUUCUCCAGACGAAGCUGGAGAGUGUACCUUCGUCGAAAAUGUACGAUCCAGAGUCCCUCAGAGCUGGCUAUGCCAUAUUUGCAUCUGGAAUAAUUGUGGGGUUUGCUAACCUCGUCUGUGGGCUUUGUGUCGGAAUAAUAGGAAGCAGUUGUGCUUUGUCGGACGCACAAAACUCAUCUCUUUUUGUCAAAAUUCUUGUUAUCGAGAUAUUUGGCAGUGCACUGGGGCUGUUUGGUGUCAUUGUGGGCAUUAUUAUGUCUGCUCAAGCAACUUGGCCAACCAAAAUUAAUGAAACUGAGGUGGAAAACAAGACAAACCACAACUCCAGCCGUAUUAUAAUUUUGAGGUUCACUCUUUCGCUCAAAGACUUCAAGAUUCUCCUUCACCGCUGCGACAUGGCACUCAUCCGCCUCCGUUCGUACUCCGUCGAGGCCGAUAUUGAUGUCGUGACGACUUCAGACCCUAGCACCGGCCGCAGCCCUAGCCCCGAGCCCAAUCGUGCUAAUACCGUUUCAAUCCAUUGA